UCUUCUCAAACGAACUACCUUCCACCAAGUGCUAUAAAAUAAGUCUUCAUUGGUGGUUCCGAUAUCAGUUCAAUUCCGAGUGCGCCACACCAUCAUCACCACCAUCGAUAGAAAGUGAAAAGUUUAGUGAUCGUAAAGUAUCGCAAUUGAAAAUGAAGUCCCUCGUUUUUGCCGCCAUUCUGGUCUCCUUCGGCGCCGUGGUCAUUUGCCAGAGUCACAACUACUUCUGGGGCUACAAGGGACCGUACGAUGUCCUGCUGAAUCGCACCUUUGCCAUCAAGUCGUCCUCCCUGCUGCAGGUUAAGACACUGGAUCUGGUCUACCCACUGAAGGGUCAAUUGGGUCGUAACAUUUCGGCCAUCAACAUCACCGACCAGUACAUCAACGGCAAAGGCGGAUACGCCAGUCUGCUGGCCGGUGGCAUCGGUUACAAUCACACGACGAUUCACCUGAAGUCGCAACGGGGCAACGGAUUUAGCUUUAUCGUGGAAAUUUAUGGCCGAUAAUUUAGAGCUCGCCUGGGUGGAUGGCGGUGUCUUUGCGCGCUAGCUGGAAGGGUGCAGCAAAACAAUUAGGGAGUGUGUGAGGUAUAUCAGUUCCGUUUCAGAAAUGAGAAGCUAACGGAAGAGCUUUCGGUGGUGCAAUAAUUGUGCUAUCUGGUAGCAUUUUUUGAUAAACUGAUCUAGGAAGAGCUGCUGAUAAAAGUUUGUUAUGGGGAAAAUGUUAUUUAUUGAAUGGUAUUAAGAUCUGCAAUAAAGAAGUGAUUGUAUGUGUCUACAAACUGGA